GGCGCGGGGGCGGGGCCAGCGGCGCUGACCCGGAUGUUCACUGCCGGGCGGCGGCGGAAGCGGACGGGCCGCGGCGUCGAAGCGACAGGGACGGACCGGGAGGCGCCGCCGUUCUACCGCCCCGCGCACCCGCCCAGCCGACAUGAGUGACCAGCAGCUGGAUUGUGCCUUGGAUUUGAUGAGGCGCCUGCCUCCACAGCAGAUAGAGAAGAAUCUCAGUGACCUCAUUGACUUGGUCCCCAGCCUGUGUGAAGAUCUCCUCUCCUCUGUGGACCAGCCCUUGAAGAUUGCACGAGACAAGGUGGUGGGGAAGGAUUAUCUAUUGUGUGACUACAACAGAGAUGGGGACUCCUACAGGUCACCGUGGAGCAACAAGUACGACCCUCCCCUGGAGGACGGGGCCAUGCCCUCGGCUCGCCUGCGCAAGCUGGAGGUGGAAGCCAACAAUGCCUUUGACCAGUACAGAGACUUGUAUUUUGAAGGUGGAGUCUCCUCUGUCUACCUCUGGGAUCUGGAUCAUGGCUUUGCUGGGGUGAUCCUCAUUAAGAAAGCUGGAGAUGGAUCAAAGAAGAUUAAGGGAUGCUGGGAUUCCAUCCACGUGGUGGAGGUUCAGGAGAAGUCCAGUGGCCGCACUGCCCAUUACAAGCUGACCUCCACAGUGAUGCUGUGGCUGCAGACCAACAAAACUGGCUCUGGUACCAUGAACCUGGGGGGGAGCCUCACCAGACAGAUGGAGAAGGAUGAGACUGUGAGUGACUCCUCCCCACACAUAGCCAACAUCGGGCGCUUGGUAGAGGACAUGGAAAACAAAAUCAGAAGUACACUGAAUGAGAUUUAUUUUGGAAAGACAAAGGACAUCGUUAAUGGGCUGAGAUCUAUCGAUGCUAUUCCUGACAACCAAAAGUAUAAGCAGUUGCAGAGAGAACUUUCUCAAGUGUUGACCCAGCGCCAGAUCUACAUCCAGCCUGAUAACUAAACCAAUCCAGGUCUGUGCAGACUUUUGCAGACAAAUCAAAACAAGAAGCUCUUAAAAACGAUCUGGUGGAGGCUUUGAAGAGGAAGCAGCAAAGUUAAAGUCCUGUCAGUGCUAACCAGCCAUGCCAUGCACUCAUUAGAUUCCUUUCCUAGAGAAUCAUCCCCGCCCUUUUCUGUUGGUCACUUCACGAUUUGCAUCCAAUACUCUCCAUGCAGCGCCAUCCUCUCCCCAUGAAUAAAGCUGUACAAACUUU